AUGGGGGAGUCCUCUGAUGUCUCACCCGGGGAGCGGCCCCCCCGGCUGCCCUGCGUGCUGACCUGCAGUUCCAAUGGGUUUCCCUGCUGCGGCCAGAAGUCAGUGGAUAUUGUGGAGAUACCGAAUUACUCCGCCCACCGCCAGCACCCACCUCAGGUGCUACAAGAAGAAGACAUAGAGGCAGAAUUGCUGGAGCAGAAGCCCCCACCCGAAGAGGACCUGGACUCAGUCCCAGACCUGGACCUAAUCCCAAAUCUGGACGUGGAGCCAGCGAAGGAGCUGGAGACAGAUCUGCUGCAGCCGGAGCUGGACCCGGAAGCCAAGGCCAACACCAGGCUGGACACGGAGCCUCCAUGGCAGGCAACCAACUUGGACUCAGGUAGUGAAGACAUCCCACAGCAGGGCUACAAGAUCGAGUCCCUCCACCCCUGCCCGGAGGCACUGCCCCCGCCUCAGAGAUUUGCACCGUGGAGCUACCUGGAUCCCGCAGCAGAGGAGGUUCAGGGGUCCAGCAAGCACCGCUCCAUCCGCGUGCAGACCUCCAAGCACCUCUUCUGGGCAGACAAGCUCAUCCAGGCCUCGGAGCACAGCCUGCAGCGGGUGGGAAGCGUGCAACAGGACCAGCACAGCCAGCCGCUCCAGUGCCCCAACAUCCACCCGGAUCUCCCAGCCACAGACCCCCGGCUGACGCCAAACCCCAGCGAGUCCUCAAGCCCCCUGCUGCUGCCGGCCAUCGGUCUGCCAGAACUAGUCAGCUUUGCGUCUUCCCUGGCCGUGGCCUCCUCCAGCAAGAGGGACUUGCCCAGUUUGGAGCUCGUGAUCAAAGCUCCACCCCAGAAGGCCGAGGAGCCUUCUCCAGAGCCUGCCCCGCCCGCUGUGGACAAGCAGGACCCGGAACCGCGUGCAGAGAAGCCACGAGCCCACAAGGAGCUGCCGAAAGGCCAGAUACAAGAGGACAAGGCGACCCCCGGCCACUAUCUUGACUUCAGCAAGCCAGGGGUUAAGCGGGCCAACAUUGAAGGGGAAGUGGAGCUUCUCCAGCCACCGGCCAGGUCCUCCCAGCCUCAGGGAGCCCAGGAAGACUCGGUGCCGGGAACCAAGAAAGGGAAUCCAUUAUUGCUGAAAAUCCAUUUUAAGCUGUCGUCCCCUCCACCCCCAAGAAAUGACUAG